AUGACCACCCUCUUCACCAUCCCGAUCACCUCUACCGGCGGCUCGGUCGUGGUCACGAACCCCACAGCCGACAAACAGAACGUCUAUCUGCUCACGUUUGCUUCGCCCAAAGAUAACCGACUGACCCCGGCGUUUAUCGAAGCACUACUUCUAGCGCUUGAUAUCAUCGAGCACCGCUAUCCCAAAGGCGUGGUCGUCACAACAAGCGGGAUCGCCAAGUUCUAUAGCAAUGGGCUGGAUCUAGAUGUUGCGCUGAGCACAGAGGGAUUCCUGGAGAACCACUUGUGGCGCUUGUUCCGACGGUUCCUAACAUAUCCGAUGCCAACCGUAUGUCUCCUGAACGGACACGCCUUUGCAGGCGGUUUCAUGCUGGCCAUGUAUCACGACUACCGAAUCCAGAAUCCCGAGAAAGGGUUUCUAUGUGUGAACGAGCUCGAAUUCGGUGUCCCGCUGCAAACGCCCAUGAUGUCUAUUUUCCGGGAGAAGCUCACGCCAACCACGUUCCGAGAUGUGGUUCUGGAAGCACGUCGCUUUGGUGGGCCCGACUCGCUACGUGCUGGGAUUGUCGACGCCUUGGGUGGGCUGGAUGAAGCGCUGGCCCUGUCCCAGAAGCUGCAGGGUAAAGCGGCGACAGGUAUCUAUGGGACUAUGAAGGAGGAGAUGUAUGCGCGGGUUUUAAUAGGCUUGGAUGAUCAUGCAGGGAAUUUGGGGUGGAGGGAGAAGGUGGAAGAGAAGAAGGAAACUUUGCAGGCGAAAGCACUGGCGGAUGUCGAGAAGUGGGAGAAGGGCAAGGCGAAGCUUUGA